CUAUUAUUUAUUUAUUUUUUAGAGUGAAUUCUUAAACCUUAAGCACUAUCCCCGCCACUGUAAUCUCUAUACUAUCGUCUUCCUCUUUCAUUCUUCAAUCAAGCUUUUCUUCUAUUGCGCUACUCCCUAGUUUCUCCUCCUUCACAGAAAAAAAAAAUGCCUUCAUUUCCAUUGAUUCAGAACGCACGAACCACAAUGCUUUCUUUCAAGCUACGAACAAAUUAUAUCUAUGGAAACAACAAUCACUUCUGCAAAACCUUGAGUACUUCUGCAAUUCCAAACGAGUAUGGUAGAUUCCCUAAUCAACCACCACCUUCUCAUCACAACAACACACCUCCUCAACAACAUUUCAAUCAUUAUAAUCAAAAUGUUCAACAGGGUCGAUUUCCUCCUCAACAGGGUUGGAACCCUCAAAAUCGACCACCUCCUCAAAACCCUAAUUUCCGGCAACAACCACCACCUUCUCAAAACCCUCAUUUUCGACCACCCAUUCGUCAAAAUCCCAACUUUCAGCCACCCAAUAAUCCCAAUCGAUCGAACAACCAGAAUCAGUGGAGUAACCCCAACCAAUUUCAAAACCCUAAUAGCCAAUUCCAAAACCCUAAGGAUUCUGUUCAAGAACAAUCUCCUCCGCCUCCUUCAAUUGUUGACUUGAUACGUUUUUGUAGAGAGGGGAAGGUUAAAGAAGCGCUUGAAUUGAUGGAAAAAGGUAUCAAAGCUGAUGCUGAUUGCUUUCAUCUUUUGUUUGAGUUGUGUGGUAAAUCGAAAUCCGUUGAGGAUGCUAAGAAAGUGCAUGAUUACUUUCUACAAUCUACUUUUAGGAGUGAUUUCAAGUUGCAUAAUAAGGUCAUUGAGAUGUAUGGGAAUUGUAAAAGUAUGACUGAUGCACGUAGGGUGUUUGAUCAUAUGCCUAACAGAAAUAUGGAUUCUUGGCACAUGAUGAUUCGUGGCUACGCGAAUAGUACUAUGGGAGACGAGGGUUUGCAGUUAUUUGAGCAGAUGAAUGAGCUUGGUUUGGAGAUAACUUCAGAGACUUUGCUUGCAGUGUUAUCGGCUUGUGCCAGUGCAGAGGCUGUGGAGGAUGGUUACAUAUAUUUGGAAUCCAUGAAAAGCAAGUAUGGAAUUGAACCAGGAGUAGAGCACUAUAUGGGGCUUUUGGAUGUUCUUGGACAAUCUGGAUACCUCAAAGAAGCUGAGGAGUUUAUUGAGAACCUGCCAUUUGAGCCUACAGUGACAGUAAUGGAGACCCUCAAGAGUUAUGCUAGAAUUCAUGGAGAUAUUGAUCUUGAAGACCAUGUUGAGGAGUUGAUAGCUAGUCUUGACCCAUCAAAGGCUGUUGUCAAUAAGUUCCCUACACCGCCUCCCAAAAAGUAUACUGCAAUUAGCAUGCUGGAUGGCAGGAACAGAAUCAUUGAGUAUAAGAAUCCUACUUUUUAUAAGGAUGAUGAGAAGUUGAAGGCUUUGAGUAGUAUGAAAGACGCUGGAUAUUCUCCUGAUAUAAGAUGUGUUCUCCAUGACAUUGAUCCGGAAGCUAAGGAGCAGGCUUUGCUCUACCACAGUGAACGUUUAGCGAUUGCCUAUGGUCUUAUUAGUACUCCUCCUAGAACACCUCUUAGGAUUAUCAAGAACCUUCGUGUCUGCAAUGACUGUCACAAUGCCAUCAAGAUCAUGUCUAGGAUUGUAGGUAGGGAACUGAUUGUCCGAGAUAACAAAAGGUUUCAUCAUUUCAAGGAUGGAAAAUGCUCUUGUGGGGAUUACUGGUGAAGGAAUCAUUAUUUCAAAUCCUACAACAUCAUGAAUAUAUAAAAUUCUAUGCGCCAGCUCCGACAGAUGUGUGUGGAAGCUUUCAAUGGUGCUAGGGAUAGGAGAUGAAUGAAGUAUGUAGUAUGCACUGAUUUAAAGUAUAUCUGCUUCUUGUUCAGAUAUUAGCACUAUUCCCUCUCUUCUCAUGCUCAUUGCUAUAUCCUCAUAUCCUUAAAAUUGCUCUUGUAUGGUUUUGUUUAUUUUAUUAUUUUUUAGUUCUAGCCCACUUCGAUUUUAGCUCCAGCUUGAUCCAUGCAAGUAUGUAGAUAGAACAAGUUUGUUUUUGUUGAAAAUAUGUUAAAUGUUUGAAGCUUCAUAUCUAUA